UCCGUAUCUUCCGCCCAGGCUGGCUUCGCCUCAGCCUGCGCUGCGCCCUCCCGGCCUGCGGCGUCGCGGUACCGGCCUCCGCGCUCCACCCAGACGCCUUCCGGCGCUCGGGAGGGGGCGGGAGGCGGAGCAGAGGGGUUGGGGGUGGUGUCGCCGCGGUCUAGGCGCGGUAGGCGGUGGCGGCGGCGGCGUCGGAGGUCCCUGAGAUAUGGCCGCCUCGGUGUUCUGCUGCCUGCGGUGCUGCAGAGAUGGUGGGACGGGCCACAUCCCUCUGAAGGAGAUGCCGGCCGUGCAGCUGGACACGCAGCACAUGGGAACGGAUGUUGUCAUUGUAAAAAAUGGAAGAAGAAUAUGUGGAACAGGAGGUUGUUUAGCCAGUGCACCUUUACAUCAAAACAAAAGCUACUUUGAAUUCAAAAUCCAGUCCACAGGAAUCUGGGGUAUUGGUGUUGCAACUCAGAAAGUUAACUUGAAUCAGAUCCCUCUUGGCCGAGAUGUGCACAGUCUGGUGAUGAGAAAUGAUGGAGCCCUAUAUCACAACAACGAGGAGAAAAAUAGGCUGCCAGCAAACAGCCUUCCACAGGAGGGAGACGUGGUGGGUAUUACAUAUGACCAUGUAGAAUUAAAUGUAUAUUUGAAUGGAAAAAACAUGCAUUGUCCAGCAUCAGGUAUACGAGGGACAGUGUAUCCAGUUGUUUAUGUUGAUGACAGUGCAAUUUUGGAUUGCCAGUUCAGUGAAUUUUAUCAUACUCCUCCACCUGGUUUUGAAAAGAUAUUAUUUGAACAGCAGAUCUUCUGAAUGUAUUUGUUUUUGAAACUUGUAUUUCUGCACUGUUAAAAGUGUUUACCAUUUAAUAAAGCUUUACCUGACCUACAGAUGACAAUAUAUCCUUAAAAAUAUGCUCGUUAAUGUUGUCUAAGGAACCAAUGUAUACAAUAUACCAUCCUGAAGUUGUGAUUUAAAAUACCUAGAUUUUGUGAUAAUGAAAUCAGCAUUUGGGGCAGUUUAUUUAAUUCUUAUUUAAAUAAAUAUGACUGUGGGUUUGAUUAACAGUAUUAAAUGGAAAUACGUAUAUAGAUAUUUAAAAGGGAAUCUUUCUUAACAUAAAAUAUUUGUUUUGAUAGAGAUACAGAGUUGGGUGGGGGUUUUUGUCAUUCUGAAGUGUAGACCUCAUUAACUAUUUUAAGUCUGCAGUCCAAUAAUUUUGUGUCUCAGUGUCUUUUUUAUAUAGAGUAUAACAAAGUGACAAGUUUGUGUUAUUGGCAACUUCAUUUUUGGCGAUUUACUUACUAUAAAAUGUACCACUUAAAAUUUAAAUUGCUUAUUUUGUUUGUAUGUCAUUCUUUCGAUUUUCUUUGUGAAAGGAGAUAAGUGUCGUAGUAGCUGUCAGAGUAUUUUGUUGAAGACCAUCAUGCUGUGUUACUUCAAUACCUGAGUAAGUAGUGGUUGAUUGGUGAUGUAGUUUACACAGCAGACACUUAGAAUAGUAUCAUGCUUUCAACUUAAGUGGAAAUGAGAUUAUUCUUUUAAGGACUUUUAUUUAAAUGUGCAUUUUUCUGUAAGGAAUAAUAAAAUAUUAGUAAUUAAGGACUAUUCAGUACUAUAUUAAAUAAAUGUUCUUCCUGUUUUGU